UCGAGCCCAGGUUGAACAGCAGCAAAUGAUGAUUGAUGCUUUGCAGAAAUCAAUCACCCUUAAGGAUGAAGAAAUAAAGAAACUUAAAGGAGAAGUUAGCAAAGGACAGAAAUUUGGGGUAGAGACAGUCAAGGGGAAAGCUGGAAAAUUAAAAAACCUUUUUAGAUAUUACACUGGCAUAACAUACAUCCGUUUUUUGGCACUCUUACAGUUUUUAGUACCAGGAGAUGGGAGCUUUUCCAUGACCUAUGAAAAGGGACGUUGUGAUAUUCGUACUUUAUCAGCUGGGAACUGUUUGUUUUUGACACUGUGUCGUUUACGGCACAAUUUUGGGCUCAAAGAUAUAGCUGUGAGAUUUCAUUUGACAUUACAGUCGAGUGGUGCAGUAUUUAAUGCCUGGGUAGAACACAUGUACUUGAAACUAGGACAGUUAUCAUUAUGGCCACACAGAGAUACCAUCAUUUCAAACAUGCCAAGAGGAUUCAAAAGAGACUUUCCAAAUUCUGUUAUUAUUAUUGAUGGUACUGAGUUAAGAACUCAAACUCCAUUUGCUCUUGGACUUCAGAGUCAGCUGUACAGUGACUAUAAAUCAAGUACUACCUUGAAAAGUCUUGUUGGGUGUGAUCCCAAUGGUUCUCUAACAUUUGUCUCAGAACUUUUCACUGGUUCAAUCUCAGAUAAGGCAUUAACAGAACAGUCUGGUUUUUAUGAUGUGCUAAAGGUGCUCCUUACUCAUGGUUACAUCAAAGAAGGAGAUGCAGUUAUGGCUGAUAAGGGCUUUACAAUAGAGGACGAGCUUUCAGAAUUAGGUUUAGAGUUAAACAUUCCACCUUUUGUUUCUUCAGAAACCCAAAUGACUUCUGCUGAAACUCUUGCCACUGAGAAAAUUGCAGCACACCGUAUCCAUAUAGAACGCCUCAUAGCUAAGAUUAAGAAAUUCAAGAUUGUAGCACACAGAAUACCAACUUCAUUAUUUGGAAGAAUUAAUCAGAUUUGGACUGUUUGUGCUUGUAUGACUUUGUUCCAAAAUAUCUUUGUCACUGAUAAACAUGAAUAA